CGGGGGAGUCAGGGGGGCGUGGGAAAGUGUUCGCGGGGAAAGCUGGGACACGCUUGUCCUCCGCCACCAUCUUGCUUUGCUUUAAGCCGGCACAGUGACUGUGGGUGAAAACCUUGAGGCGCCAUGAAGCUGCUCUCCAGGGCCGGGUCCUUCUCGAGAUUUUAUUCCCUCAAAGUUGCUCCCAAAGUGAAGGCAUCGGCAGCCCCUGCAGGAGCGCCUCUGUCCCCCCAGGACCUCGAGUUCACCAAAUUACCAAAUGGCCUAGUGAUUGCUUCCUUGGAAAACUAUGCCCCUGCAUCCAGAAUCGGUUUGUUCAUCAAAGCGGGCAGUAGAUACGAGGACUCCAACAACCUUGGGACCUCUCAUUUGCUGCGUCUCGCAUCCAGUCUGACUACAAAAGGAGCGUCAUCUUUCAAGAUAACCCGUGGGAUUGAAGCAGUUGGCGGUACACUAAGUGUGACUGCAACAAGGGAAAACAUGGCAUACACUGUGGAAUGCCUGCGAGAUGAUGUUGAUAUUCUAAUGGAGUUCCUGCUCAAUGUCACCACAGCACCAGAGUUCCGUCGCUGGGAAGUAGCUGCACUCCAGUCUCAGCUAAGGACUGACAAAGCUGUGGCUUUCCAGAAUCCACAGACUCAUGUCAUUGAAAAUUUGCAUGCUGCAGCCUACCGGAAUGCCUUGGCUAAUUCCUUGUAUUGUCCUGACUAUAGGAUUGGAAAAGUGACAUCAGAAGAGUUGCAUCACUAUGUUCAGAACCAUUUCACAAGCGCCAGGAUGGCUUUGGUUGGACUUGGUGUGAGUCAUCCUGUGCUGAAGCAAUAUGCUGAACAGUUCCUCAAUAUGAGGGGUGGGCUUGGUUUGGCUGGUGCAAAGGCCAAAUACAGAGGAGGUGAAAUCCGAGAACAGACUGGAGACAGCCUUGUCCAUGCUGCUCUUGUAGCCGAAAGCGCUGCCGUGGGAAGUGCAGAAGCAAAUGCAUUCAGUGUCCUUCAGCACGUCCUCGGUGCCGGACCCCACGUCAAGAGGGGCAGCAACGCCACCAGCCUCCUCUACCAGGCCGUUGCCAAGGGGACUCACCAGCCAUUUGAUGUUUCCGCUUUCCAUGCCAGUUACUCGGAUUCUGGACUCUUCGGGAUUUAUACCGUCUCCCAGGCAGCCGCUGCCGGAGAUGUUAUCAAGGCUGCCUACAAUCAAGUAAAAACAGUUGCUCAAGGAAACCUCUCCAGUGCGGAUGUCCAGGCUGCCAAGAACAAGCUGAAAGCUGGCUACCUCAUGUCCGUGGAGUCUUCAGAGGGCUUGCUGGAUGAAGUUGGGUCCCAGGCUCUGGUUGCUGGCUCUUACACGCCACCAUCCACAAUCCUUCAGCAGAUUGACUCCGUGGCUGACGCUGAUAUCAUAAAUGCUGCAAAGAAGUUUGUUUCUGGCAAGAAAUCGAUGGCAGCAAGUGGAAACUUGGGUCAUACACCAUUUGUGGAUGAGUUAUAAUAUGGAACCUCAAAGCUGAACAUUUUUCCCAGCCCAGGCCAGAGAAAACAUCAAAGUUAAAAGUCUCUAAUAAAAUGUUUAUCUUUGCAUGAAUGCUGGUAAUUAUUCCCAGCUGACUUAGUCAAUAAAACAUCCUACUUCUAUGUU